GAGGUCCCUUGCAAGGAUGACCGCUUCAUGGGUGAUGUCGACCACCAGCGCAUGCAGGACAGGAAGCCCGCGUGGAUCACGGUAAAGGCAUUUGCAAGCGCCUUAGGGCGAGCUCAGAACACCCCAGACGCCCCAGGUGAGUGGUGCUUUGCCUUCUUCUACUCCAAGGUUUGUCGCGUGAACAACUAG